AUGGCCCCAGCCUCCCUUGGCAUCGUCACAACCGGAUCAGCUUGCAGGUCAUUCGCGGUCAUGCCUCACCGAUAUUGCUUUUUGCGCCCUGCUCGCAGCAAGCCAGCAGGAGAUGACCAGUGGUGGGAGCUGAUUGAUCAGGGCAGUAGCCGCCCAUACUAUUACAAUGCCACCACUCGAAAGACGGUUUGGAAUCGCCCCACAUCAGGGGACAUUGUCUCCCUCGCACGUCUCCAAGAGGCGCAAAAGGCCAUGAUGAACGGCAGUGGUCCGGCUCCCGAACAACAGCAAUCACAGCCUCAAGCACAACCCCGAGCAUCCCAGUCCCAGCCCCAGCAUCAGCUACCGCAGCAGACCCAGCCGCAGCAGACCGCACCACAGCAACAACCGGUCCGGACCCAGUCACAGUCACAGCCACAGCCGCAGGCACGACCCGAAUCCGGUGCACCGUCAUUGCAGGCCUCCACAACUUCUCCCUCGGCGCCGGCAGCACCUGGCCCGGCCCCCAAUCUGACGGCGCCCAUGGGUCCUGGCGCCACAGUAUCCGCAGCCCCGGCCGUGCCCCGUGGUAAUUAUGACGAAGUAGCGUCCUCCACUCCGCACCUGCAUGAGCUCAAGGAUGAUUUGGCCACCCACAAGCGCGGCUUUUUCCGCCGCAAGGUCUCCCUUCACAACAUGCUCUCCUGGAGCCGUGAAUGCAUCCCGCGCCCCAUGCUCUUGAACCUAGGCAAGGAACAUCGCAAAACUGCGCUCGAGAUUUUCAAGCUCGUCCAGCAGUUUAUGGGUGAUCGCUCGGCCAAGGGCAAAACACCUGAAUCGCUUGCGCUUGAAGUGGUCGACGCUUGCUGGGAGGUGGUCCGGCUGCGUGACGAGCUCUUCUUGCAGCUGUGUAAGCAGACCACCGAGAACAACAAGCUUGCUAGCUGCGAAAAGGGCUGGCAGCUUCUGAUUGUCGUGCUCAACUUUUUCCCGCCCACCAAGAUGUUUGAAUCCUAUUUGCGGGGCUACAUUGCCCGUCACACGGAGAUGGGGGCGGGCACGAUUGGCAGCUUGGCCGAGCAGGCCUUUCGCCGCCUCGACCGCAUUGCGGCGCAAGGUCGGCGCCAAGGCCAACAAGCUCCCAACCAGGACGAGGUGGCAAACGCCAUUCAGCGUGUGACCAACCCGUCGGUGUAUGGCUCAACCCUGGCGGAGAUUAUGGACAUGCAAGAAAUCUCCCACCCAGAUCUGCCCAUCCCACUCGUCGUUCGUGAGCUCUGCCAGGCCGUUUUGCGCGAAGGCGGAGCCCGGACCGAGGGCAUCUUUCGUGUCCCUGGUGACAUUGAUGCCGUCAAUGCACUCAAGUUGCGGAUGGACAAACAGCAGGGGGUGGGAGAACUGCCCGACCCCCACGUGCCGGCCUCGGCCAUCAAGCUCUGGUUUCGGGAACUGGCCGAGCCCGUCAUCCCGGCUGAGUUGUACGAGGAAUGCAUUGCCUCAAGCAAUGAUACGGCGGCUUCAGUGGCGGUGGUUGACAAGCUGCCUCCUGUGAACCGCACUCUAGUGCUGGUCAUCACGCGCUUUCUCCAGGAAAUCGGUCAACAGGAAAACCAGGCAUACACCAAGAUGAGCCACGACAACUUGGCCAUGGUAUGGGCCCCAAACUAUCUGCGGUGUCCCUCCGAUGACCCCAUGGUCAUUUUCAACAACACCAAAAAGGAAAUGUGCUUUGUGCGCAACCUCCACUGCUGGACCACCCCACCCCCUCCGGCCUUCAUCAUGAGCUUGAGCGCAGAAGAUCGUGCCGUUUUGGCUGAGGCCUUUCAGCUGCACGAGAGCAGCCCGGGCCAGCUCUCUGCCGCAUCAUUUGGCGAAGUGGUGCGCAUCGUGGGUGCCAACCCCAGCGAGGAAGAGGUGCUCGCUCACUGUGGUAACAAAACCACGUUUACUCUGGAUGAUGUGGCCAAUUACUUGGCCACGCAGAAGCUGCACGAAGAUCCGGUUCAAACCUUGCGUGAUGCGUUUGCCAUGUUUGACCCAUGGCGCCCACUGGCCCUCAGCGCGACAGCUCGCGCCCAGGCACUCAUGGUCGUUAUGCCGCCCGUUUUCAGCGAGGGCAAGGGCUCUAUCGACGCCACCGAGUUUCGCACCGUCAUGCACAACCUUGGCGAGCGCUUCCAAAUGUAUGAGAUUGAGGAAAUGAUGCGUGUACCGGAGACCACUGCAGAUGGUCAAAUCGUUUACGAAGGUGCGAGGCGCAUUUAG